AUGUCAUAUCAAUCAUCAGUUGCAACUGGAACAAAUACAGCCAAUAAUCAAAGUGGAACAGGAACAAACACUACAACAUCACCACCUGAUUACGCCAAUCUUGUUGCCAAGCAUGACAAUGCAAAGGUCAUCGCAUCAGUGCUCAACACCAUACUACCCAAAGGAGAGGAAUCAAGACGAAAGGAUGGCCAAGUUAUAUUGGCGAUAGUUACACUGAGUCAACAAGGCAUUAGGUUCACUGUCGAGGUUGGAAGACAGUAUCAGGCGACGGCACUGCUAAAGAAGUCAUUGUUUGCAGAGUAUAUGUUUAAUCCACCACCCGAGGAGGAUGCCAUUGUAUUCAAGAUCAACCUCUCCAUCCUAAUGGACUGUCUAAGCAUGUUUGGUUCAAACAACAACUCAUUCACCGCCAUCACAAUCAUUCAGCGCAGUGGACAUCCCUUCACUAUACUUCUGGAGGAGAAUGGAGUUCAAACAAGUUGCUCACUCAAGACAAUGAGUUGUGACAACCCUUUGCUCUUUGAGAUCGACUCUUCACCAUUCAACAGAGUCUUGGUAUCUAGCGACAACCUUUUGGAGGCAUUCGGUGAGUUGGACUAUUCAUCGCAGACUGUCACCAUCAUACUGUCAGAGACAUCAGAGCAUAAUAGGGAUGGUGGCUCACCACCAAUGUUCAAGUUGGCAACCAAUGGUACAUCUGGACAAUAUACAGUGGAGUACAACGAAGACUUGUUCGAAUUCAAGGACUGCAAGCAGACAAUAUCACAUAGCUUCCCAUUAUCACUGAUACAGCCUGCCAUUCGUGCAUUGGCCGUCACCAACAAGACGAGGAUGACGAUGAACACUGGUGGUCUACUACAUUUCGAGCAUCAACUAUUGUUCGAGGAGAAGCGAUGUCAUUUGGUAGAGUUCUACAUCGUGGCACAACAUCCAGAUGAGAAUGAGAUGCACUUGGGUUGA